GUCUUCUGCUGUAGACGACAGCCCAUAUUGGAAUAGCCGGUGGCACUAGAACCAGCUUUGCACGCAAUCUGCCCACUGAGUUAAAAAAACAUUCUUCAUACAUCGGCAGUUAAAUUGACCUGUUCUUGGGAUUUAGAUUGAUUUGUUUUGUUUAAUAUUUUGUAUUAGCCUAUCUGCAACGAAUAAUACCCCAGGACCAGGUUUAGUUCAUUUUUGAUAGCUGAAGGAAGACGUGAUGGAUAAAAUAAUGUCCAGACAUCUCCCGGUGAAUCCAAGUUUUCUACCUGCGUCGAAUCACUGCGUACUGAAGUCUCUAUUGGAGAACCCCAUGAAACUACCCUUCCUCAAACAUGAACAACAACAUGAAGGUAAGAAAUAAGACUUUAAUUAUUUUUUUUAUAUUAUAUUCUAAAAGUCUAUAGAACAACUUAUCUUAAAUUGAAAUUAUUUAAAUUUUUAUAGAAAGAGACACUUUUUUAUUUCCAUUGUUUAUUUAUGUAUUAUUGUGUAGUUUAUUUAUAGGAUCAGCUACUUGUAUCUACACUGUAACAGAAAACGGUAAAUUAUAAGGUAAUUUGGGGUAUUAUCAACAGUAAAACAAAAAUGUUAUGGGCUGGGCAAAGAAUUGCUUUAUUUCGAAUGGUACUGUAAUUCCACCACACAGAAUACAGUACAGUACAGUAUUUUUGGAGCCCAAAAACCUUUUAACCACCAUUGGGUGCAUGGGAUUGUUGUUUCUGGCUCAUUAACAUAUUUUGAGGUGUGCCUUGUAAGAGGCUAUAUCUGUUGCACCUGUGAGUGAGAAUGCUGUACCAUUUUAACUCCUAUGUGGUUAUAGUGCCCCAUAACUUUGUCUAGGAGACAGAUUGGAGUGGCAGCUAGUUUUAACCCUCAAAUGGUUGAGCAUUUUGCCAUGUCCUUUUGGUCUGUUUUGCCCUGUAGUCACUGCCAGUUUGGAAGCCUUUAAGGUCUCCAGAAGUACAAGAGAUAUAACACCAAAUAUUCAUUAAUAAACCUACUUUAAUGUGUAAGUACUUUACCUAGCAGCCAACCUACUUGCACCAAUCCCUUGUAAUUACAGUAAAAUACUGUGAAAUACAAACAACCCCUCCCCUCAAUGAAUUUCAUUCAUUCAUCCAUUUAUUAAUUCAGAUUUUAACAGUAUAGUACAGCCAAUUUUAUGGUAUUGUACUGUGUGUCAUUACACAGUACUUGCUUUGAUACCGUAUUUAUAUUACAGUAGGUGUACUGUAAUAUGAAAUACAUAAUUUUACCUGCUACGAGCUGCCUGUAAGCUACUGCCAAAUUCACACAGUAACCCCUUUAUAGUGUAUGACCUGUUUUGGCUCCAGGUAAAUAGCCCAAAGAAUGCAUUUAAAAUAUACUUUAAGCCCUCAAAUUCAACUCUGGACCUCGAAGCCAGUUCCACUGCAUUUUUUCAUUGUUCCCCUCUAAUCAGGGACUGAUUUAGACCUUGGACACCAGGUGGGUGCAAUUAAUUAUCAGGUAGAACAGAAAACCAGCAGGUUCCGGACCUCGUUGGGUAAGAGUUGAAUACCCCUUCGCCCAGGCUAAACAUUGAUUUUAGAAAUGUUUGAUCAAAUUGAUAAUGAUUUGCUUCAUUGUCCUUACCUGGUAAAAUAAAGGCGUAUGGAUAAGUUCAUAAAACGUCAGUAUAUACUUGGAAUAAUUUUGUGAGGAAAUUCCAAGGUGUGUGUAUGUGGCCAAACCAUCCCCACCAAUACAGUAGCUAUGUUUUCAGGGAUUAGUCAGCUGACUACACUUGACAAGUUCAUUAGCUAGCAAUUAAAUAUCCCUUCUCUUUAUUACUCUUAAAUGAAUGUAUUUAAUCAUAUAGCUAACACAGUGGCUAUCAGUGAUGUAUGUUGGUACAAUGGCUUCAUUGAUUGCAAGUAUGAUACUUUGGGUGAUAGAUAUUGUUAUGAAGUAACAUUAUUAAAGCAGGUAUAGGGAUUCACUUCCAGAUACUAGCUUUUUGCUCCUCAAAAACCAGUUAUCCAAACCAGCUAAGCCUGAAAAUGAGCUGGUGGAUACCAUAGAGAACUCAAAAAUUCAACUCUGGACCUCGAAGCUAGUGCCACUGCUUUUCUUCAUUGUCCCUCUCUAAUCAGGGAGUGAUUUAGACCUGGGACACCAGGUGUGUGCAAUUAAUUAUCAGGUAGAACAGAAAACCAGCAGGCUCCAGACCUCAUAGGGUAAGAGUUGAAUAGCCCUGCCAUAGAGGAUACUUUAUUCUCCCAAAUUACAGAUACAAGAAACUGAAAUAAAUAUGCUGCAUAUUCAAUAUCAUCAUACAAGCCUUGUGAUAGAUCGGCAUUGUUUUUAUGGCUUUAUCUCUAGGUUUUGAGAAGGAGCGAAAGAAGGAGAAGAAUUUGGAUGAGGAGAGGAGUGCCCCACAGUCAGCCUUCCUGGGCCCCACGCUGUGGAACAAGACUCUAACCUACGAUGAGGACAACUUCCAGCUGGAGUACAUGGAUCUGGACGAGUUCCUGUCAGAAAAUGGCAUUCCGUCUGAGCUCGCCACCGCCAUCCACUGCGACCAGCACCAAUCACAACAAUCACAGUCCCAGCACCAGACGUCAAGUAGGUCACAAGCCCCGCCCACACCGUCUCCCUCGGUGAUCGACCUUAGCAACCACGCCAGCGCAUCCACAUUGGUACACACAAGCAUGGGUGCACAGAACUGUCUCCCUAGCCUCACCAGAACAGGUGUGUAAAACACACACACCUCACAUACACACCAACACACAGGGAAACAAGGAGGGGUGGGGGCACCUACAGUACACCAUAAACUCAUCCAUUCCCUGCCUUUUGUCACUAGGGAAAAUAUUCCCCCCUAAGCACUGCUCUCAUGUCAUCCUUAUCUUAACCUAAUCUCAAUCAUUUGAAGUCAAAAUACAAUACGCCUACUAGUCCAUAUCAUGAUUUAUCAGUAAGGUGUUAGACGGACACUGUUUUUACAUUUUAGUAAUUUAGCAGACGCUCUUAUCCAGAGCGACUUACAGUAGUGAGUGCAUACAUUUUCAUUCAUACUGGUCCCCCAUGCGACUCGAACCCACAACCCUGAGUAAAUCAAUAGAUGCAGUGUAGAGGUGUCUGUUCAUUUGACACUUGGCCCUGGGUUGGGAUGAGCCAACCAAUGCAUUCUGAUGGUGUCAGGAUUCAGAACAAAUAUGUCAACAUAAAAAUAGAUGAGAAGGAAAAAGAUGAGUCAUGUAUCCGUCACAGUCCUUAGUGUCUGUGCCCCCAUUAAAAUGCAGGCCCAGUAAGAAUAGAGUGUAGGACUGCUUUAUUAGGUUUCUUAGAAGAGGCCUCAAACCCAGAAUGGAAAAGGUGUGAAAUUCAACACCACAACAGAUGUUGUGAUGGUGUGACCCGUAAGUGUGUUGCACACACUCUAUCCCAGGGCUGCCCAACCCUCUUCCUGGAGAUCUACUGUCCUGUAGGUUUUCAGUCCAACCCUAAUUUAGCGUUUCUGAUUCAGCUAGUUAAGGUCUUGUUGAGCAGCUAAUAAGUAGAUUCAGGUGUGUUAAAUUAGGGUUGGACUGAAAACCCACAGGACAGUAGAUCUCCAGGAAGAGGAUUGGGCAGCCCUGCUGUAUCCUCUUUCAGAAUGCAGAUACACGUGAUGUACACACUGUGUGUGUGUGUGUGUGUGUGCGCUGCGCUUCGCUUCAGGCUGCCUGUACUUGUGCUUGUCUCUGCGUAAGAUCUGUGUUUUAGGUACAUACUGUGCUGUACUUAAAUGAACUGGGACAUGAUCAGAAGUAGGAGCAGGGGACCCUCACAUGAACCCAGCUAACACACGUUGUAGAUUUUAAUGCAGUGGUUCCCCCCAACUCCAGUCCUCCAGUUACCCCAACAGCAUACAUUUUUGUUGUAGCCCCAGACAAACUCACCUGAUUCAACUUAUUGAGGGCCUGAUGAUUAGUUGACAAGUUGAAUCAGGUGUGCUUGUCUGGGGCAACAAUACAAAUGUGUACUGUUGGGGGUACUCGAGGACCGGAGUUGAGAACCAAUGAUCUAAUCUAUAUGCCAUAUGGACCAACAAUACCCAACCACACACAAUGUAAACAGCAUGUAGGCCAGUCAGACUACUCUCUUCCAACCCCUAUCACCACUGCGGGAAGAUGUUUGGGGGUGGGGGUUUGAAAUCAGAUACAAAUCUGAUUCCUGGCCAUGCGACUUGUGUCUGAACAGUCAAAUCUGAUUUAUUUGCCCUCGAGUGGUUUUUAGAUUGUUAUUUAGCAUAUCCUGUUGCUUGCUAGCUACUCUGUUGACAGUUUGACAAGAACAUGUGGUAGCUAACUAGCUUGCUAAUUGUUUACAAACAAAUUAGUGAAUGUGCUAGAAAGCUAAACGGCUACCUAGAUAGCUAGUUGACUGCUGUGGCUAGCCAAAAAUGACUCAUUUGAAAGUUGGAUUAUCUUAUCUUUGAGGCUUUAAGUGUUCUUACGCUAUGAUUUUGAACAUUCAAAGCAGACAUUGUUGUCACCUUCAGCACCACCACCAAUCAGCCUACACCACUGCGCACACACACGACAUUACUAUGACAACUAGCGUAGCCAUGUCAGCAAAUGACUGCUGUCUGAACACACACAGAUCCGAUUUAGUCACUUGUAACUUGCUGUAUUCCAACACGGAUUUGAAAAACAAAACUGAUUUGAGCAUUAAAGUCUGCAGUGUGAACAUGGCUUAAUUAGCUUGACUAAUUAGUGCAAUGUUCUGUUCGUAAGUCACUCAUUUGAAGCACUUCUCUUCUGAGAGGCAGGUGUUAUACCACAUCUAUAUGGCUGUGUUUACACAGGCAGCCCAAUUUUGAUAUUUUGCCCUAUUACUGAUUGGUCAAAAGACAGAUUAGUGAAAAAAGAUCAGGAUUGGGCUGCCUGUGUAAACGCAGCCUAUGUGGAUCUCAAUCCUGAUACAAUUCUGAUGCUCCAUUUCAGUCUGGAUGCUCAGGUCAGAUUUUUUUUUUUACUCUGAAGUGUUUCUUUUGCACAUGACAACCACCCUAGAAUUUUAAAGGACAGUGACAGGAAAUGAGCACUGCAUCUGUGUGCUACUUCAGAGGCUACAUCAGUGAGAAUGCGGAAAUCUGAUAUGGGUCACAUGUAAAACUGUGUGGACAGUCAGAAAAAAAGAUUUGAUAUGAAAAUAAAUCUCAAUUGGGUUCCUAGGGUGGCUGUGUAAACAAUUCCUUAAAAUGUUGGGGUGGUUGUCAUGGUAACAGCAGGUCAUGUGCAAAAAAAAUUAACUUCAGAGCAAAGAAAUCUGAUCUGAGCAUCCAGACAGAGGUCACAUAUGGAGGAUCAGGUUUAUAUGAGUAUUCAGAUCCACAUAUGGAGGUGGUAUAAAUCAAAAGUAAAAAGAUCAGAUUCCAUGUUUAUUUUAUUUUAUAUCAGAUAUGCAAAUAAUUGACAAAAGAUCUGAAUUGGGCUAUGUGUGCAAACACAGCCUAAGACACAUUUCUGAGAAGCAGAUUGCCUUCUCUUGAUUGAAGUGAAAUAUUCACCUGGAGGUCAAAUCUCUCUCAGUACAUCCCUUCAGCUAAUUGGUGUAAUGUUCUGUUCCUUAGUCACUCGUCUCAGGCACUUCUGAUUAGCAGGUGCUACACUCACUUCUAGGAAGCAUAUGUUGUCUUCUCUUGAUUGAAAUUAAAUCUUAAUCUGCACUGGAGGUCAAAUCUGUCUCCGUACAUCCCUGUAUAGCUGCGCUGAGCUAGGUAUAGAUCUACAGUGGGGGAAAAAAGUAUUUAGUCAGCCACCAAUUGUGCAAGUUCUCCCACUUAAAAAGAUGAGAGAGGCCUGUAAUUUUCAUCAUAGGUACACGUCAACUAUGACAGACAAAAUGAGGAGAAAAAAUCCUGAAAAUCACAUUGUAGGAUUUUUAAUGAAUUUAUUUGCAAAUUAUGGUGGAAAAUAAGUAUUUGGUCACCUACAAACAAGCAAGAUUUCUGGCUCUCACAGACCUGUAACUUCUUCUUUAUGAGGCUCCUCUGUCCUCCACUCGUUACCUGUAUUAAUGGCACCUGUUUGAACUUGUUAUCAGUAUAAAAGACACCUGUCCACAACCUCAAACAGUCACACUCCAAACUCCACUAUGGCCAAGACCAAAGAGCUGUCAAAGGACACCAGAAACAAAAUUGUAGACCUGCACCAGGCUGGGAAGACUGAAUCUGCAAUAGGUAAGCAGCUUGGUUUGAAGAAAUCAACUGUGGGAGCAAUUAUUAGGAAAUGGAAGACAUACAAGACCACUGAUAAUCUCCCUCGACCUGGGGCUCCACGCAAGAUCUCACCCCGUGGGGUCAAAAUGAUCACAAGAACGGUUAGCAAAAAUCCCAGAACCACACAGGGGGACCUAGUGAAUGACCUGCAGAGAGCUGGGACCAAAGUAACAAAGCCUACCAUCAGUAACACACUACGCCACCAGGGACUCAAAUCCUGCAGUGCCAGACGUGUCCCCCUGCUUAAGCCAGUACAUGUCCAGGCCCGUCUGAAGUUUGCUAGAGUGCAUUUGGAUGAUCCAGAAGAGGAUUGGGAGAAUGUCAUAUGGUCAGAUGAAACCAAAAUAGAACUUUUUGGUAAAAACUCAACUCGUCGUGUUUGGAGGACAAAGAAUGCUGAGUUGCAUCCAAAGAACACCAUACCUACUGUGAAGCAUGGGGUGGAAACAUCAUGCUUUGGGGCUGUUUUUCUGCAAAGGGACCAGGACCACUGACCUGUGUAAAGGAAACAAUGAAUGGGGCCAUGUAUCGUGAGAUUUUGAGUGAAAACCUCCUUCCAUCAUCAAGGACAUUGAAGAUGAAACGUGGCUGGGUCUUUCAGCAUGACAAUGAUCCCAAACACACCGCCCGGGCAACGAAGGACUGGCUUCGUAAGAAGCAUUUCAAGGUCCUGGAGUGGCCUAGCCAGUCUCCAGAUCUCAACCCUAUAGAAAAUCUUUGGAGGGAGUUGAAAGUCUGUGUUGCCCAGCGACAGCCCCAAAACAUCACUGCUCUAGAGGAGAUCUGCAUGGAGGAAUGGGCCAAAAUACCAGCAACAGUGUGUGAAAACCUUGUGAAGACUUACAGAAAACGUUUGACCUGUGUCAUUGCCAACAAAGGGUAUAUAACAAAGUGUUGAGAAACUUUUGUUAUUGACCAAAUACUUAUUUUCCACCAUAAUUUGCAAAUAAAUUCAUUAAAAAUCCUACAAUGUGAUUCUCUGGAUUUAUUUUUCUCAUUUUGUCUGUCAUAGUUGACGUGUACCUAUGAUGAAAAUUACAGGCCUCUCUCAUCUUUUUAAGUGGGAGAACUUGCACAAUUGGUGGCUGACUAAAUACUUUUUCCCCCCACUGUAUCUAUACUGUAAAUCUCAGACCGCAUCAGUGUGAUUAAUCUCGUCCACCAGCCGGCUCUCUCUCUGGUAGCAAUUGAGCCUGAGGACGAGGUUAGUAAAGUAAGUAGAUAAGUAUGUCUUGACCGAGUAAGUCCUGUCCGAGCCAGAACAGCCCAAAGGGGCAGGAGGCGUAUCUCUUGUUUCUGUAGCGCAAGGCAGGUUGAAGUACAAGUACACCUUCUGGACGCUUGUUAGAGUGUGAUUAUGAAUUAAAUGUAAAUCUGAAUUUGAAUACAAAUGCAAAGUGAAAACUAUAAGGUUUUCUAUACAACUAUUCUACCUCAGCUCAGUUAGAGAAGGGCCUUGUCGUCACAUUAGGUUCAGAUCUGUAGGGCUUUUCUGUAUCCUGUGCACUUGACCAAUACACUUUGAUUUGAUUUGAGAUUGAGGUUCAGAUGUCAUUUGAAAAGGAGAACUGGAGCAGAGCCUCUAUCUCUCUCUUCCAUCUCACACCAGCUGGUCUCCGGUCUCCACUCAAUGCAAAUAGAUACCUACAUGCAUAAUGCUUGUGUAAGGACUGCAGUAAGAGACAAGUGGAUAAGGAUUUAUAAUAUGAGCCCUGUCCACAUAACCAUUUUUUAACCGAUGUGCUUCUGUCCAGUAGUUGGUUCAGAGUUCAUUUUGGAUGGGAAUUGGAGGGGGAAGAGGGUGAGAAAUGUAGGUACUCACACUGGUAUGUUUCACACAAUGGCAAACUUUGGUUUAGGGUGUGAGUGUUAGCUUUGUGUCUUGUGCCACACAGUGGCCACCAUUUGUCACUACUACUGGAUACAUUAUAGUAACAGUGCAAUUGUUUGACGCUGGGAAUAAAAACACAUUACUUUCAAUUUGUCACUUUGAUUUUGCUAAACUUUUAUCAUGAAUGUCUUGAAAAUAGUGCACCGAAACACCAAACCAACAAAUAUGCAGAGGUAAUUUCUAUAAUUCUAUCAAAUACAUUUCUAUAGCCUACUUCCAUGUCUCUAACAUCCUGCGGUCAUCUUCUCCUCCCCCUCUCCAGCCCUGCCAUCCAGAAACACUCCCAGCCCCAUCGACCCAGAGUCCAUCCAGGUGCCGAUGAGUUAUGAGCCCGACCCUGCUGACCUAGCCCUGUCCAGCGUACCGGGACAGGAGAUGUUCGACCCCCGCAAACGCAAGUUCGCCCCCGAGGAACUCAAACCACAGCCCAUGUUCAAGAAGGCCCGCAAGGUGUUAUUCCCCGAUGACAUGAAGGUGUGUGUGUGAGAGACAUCUAAUCUAUCAGAUUACUUAGUGCUGUGUUUUCCCUGAUGACGUAACAGGUAGAUCUGGCCAUAACGCCGACUCAUCUAUUAUUUAGGAGUAGAUUAUUCAUAGAUAAUAAUCACAGUGAGUGAAUGGAAUGUAGAUAGUGUAGUAGAUCAUAGUGUAGACAGAGAGCCAUUACAGUUUUUUCCAACUGCUUACACACGUUUUCAAAACUGUCUCCUUUUUUCCAAACUCUACAUACAAUUCCCAAAACUGCACACACAAAAAUGCAAAAUGCCUCACAUCUCCUUCAAAAUGUAACACUGCAUUCAAAAUGCCAUAAACACAUGUCAGAAUUAAGCAUUUGCAUCAAAUGGCAAACACUUCUUUCAUAACAGUACAUUUUUGGAUAUACCAUGUAAACAUGGUUGUUCUAAAGCUCUUUGGUCUUUCAUAGGCUUAUACAGUGGGGAAAAAAAGUAUUUAGUCAGCCACCAAUUGUGCAAGUUCUCCCACUUAAAAAGAUGAGAGGCCUGUAAUUUUCAUCAUAGGUACACGUCAACUAUGACAGACAAAUUGAGGAGAAAAAAUCCAGAAAAUCACAUUGUAGGAUUUUUAAUGAAUUUAUUUGCAAAUUAUGGUGGAAAAUAAGUAUUUGGUCACCUACAAACAAGCAAGAUUUCUGGCUCUCACAGACCUGUAACUUCUUCUUUAAGAGGCUCCUCUGUCCUCCACUUGUUACCUGUAUUAAUGGCUCCUGUUUGAACUUGUUAUCAGUAUAAAAGACACCUGUCCACAACCUCAAAAAGUCAUACUCCAAACUCCACUAUGGCCAAGACCAAAGAGCUGUCAAAGGACACCAGAAACAAAAUUGUAGACCUGCACCAGGCUGGGAAGACAAUCUGCAAUAGGUAAGCAGCUUGGUUUGAAGAAAUCAACUGUGGGAACAAUUAUUAGGAAAUGGAAGACAUACAAGACCACUGAUAAUCUCCCUCGAUCUGGGGCUCCACGCAAGAUCUCACCCCGUGGGGUCAAAAUGAUCACAAGAACGGUGAGCAAAAAUCCCAGAACCACACGGGGGGACCUAGUGAAUGACCUGCAGAGAGCUGGGACCAAAGUAACAAAGCCUACCAUCAGUAACACACUACGCCGCCAGGGACUCAAAUCCUGCAGUGCCAGACGUGUCCCCUGCUUAAGCCAGUACAUGUCCAGGCCCGUCUGAAGUUUGCUAGAGUGCAUUUGGAUGAUCCAGAAGAGGAUUGGGAGAAUGUCAUAUGGUCAGAUGAAACCAAAAUAGAACUUUUUGGUAAAAACUCAACUCGUCAUGUUUGGAGGACAAAGAAUGCUGAGUUGCAUGCAAAGAACACCAUACCUACUGUGAAGCAUGGGGGUGGAAACAUCAUGCUUUGGGGCUGUUUUUCUGCAAAGGGACCAGGACGACUGAUCCGUGUAAAGGAAAGAAUGAAUGGGGCCAUGUAUCAUGAGAUUGAGUGAAAACCUCCUUCCAUCAGCAAGGGCAUUGAAGAUGAAACGUGGCUGAGUCUUUCAGCAUGACAAUGAUCCCAAACACACCGCCCGGGCAACGAAGGAGUGGCUUCGUAAGAAGCAUUUCAAGGUCCUGGAGUGGCCUAGCCAGUCUCCAGAUCUCAACCCCAUAGAAAAUCUUUGGAGGGAGUUGAAAGUCUGUUGCCCAGCAACAGCCCCAAAACAUCACUGCUCUAGAGGAGAUCUGCAUGGAGGAAUGGGCCAAAAUACCAGCAACAGUGUGUGAAAACCUUGUGAAGACUUACAGAAAACGUUUGACCUGUGUCAUUGCCAACAAAGGGUAUAUAACAAAGUAUUGAGAAACUUUUGUUAUUGACCAAAUACUUAUUUUCCACCAUAAUUUGCAAAUAAAUUCAUUAAAAAUCCUACAAUGUGAUUUUCUGGAUUUUUUUUCCUCAUUUUGUCUGUCAUAGUUGACGUGUACCUAUGAUGAAAAUUACAGGCCUCUCUCAUCUUUUUAAGUGGGAGAACUUGCACAAUUGGUGGCUGACUAAAUACCUUUUUUCCCCACUGUAUCUAAAUUUCAAUACAAUGUUCUACAGUGAAAGUAAUCUGCUGAGAGGGGUAACAAGUACACUGUAAACACCAAUGCAAUGUAGAAACAGAAAAUAUUUAUUAGGGCAAACAUUACUGUUGUAUACAGUAGCAUACAACAAAACCAUAAACAUAUGUAAACCAAAAGUAUAUUCUUUAGAAUACAGUAAAGAACACAAUUGUGUGUGGGGUCCCGGGGGGGCAGUCCAGGAAUUGGUAGGGGGGUGGGGGGCAGUCACCAGUGCUAAGCUACGCUUCAUCUCUUCUCCGGGCUGGAUCUGGCCACAAUACUUCGUCCACAUCACAAGAUACGUUUUCUCUUGCCAAACAGCGAGGGAAGUAUAUCCUAGCAUGGCGUAUCCAACCUUGGACAGAGGCAAUCUCCAUUGCCUGGAGAAUCGGCAUGCGGGCAUAGGGUUACACUUUCCAGCGCCAGGCUGAGAAGAAUUCCUCUAUGGGAUUUAGAAAAGGUGAAUAUGGGGGUAGGUACAAAACUACAAAUUGUGGAUGAGUGGCAAACCAGUUUUGGACCAGAACAGCCUGGUGAAAACUAACACUGUCCCAUAUAACCACAAAUCUAGCAGGCUCCUGAUCUGGAUCAGGGACAAGCAUUGUGUAAAUUGCAUCCAGAAAAGUGAGCAUAUGGCCGGUGUUGUACGGACCCAGUGUGGCAUUGUGAUGGAGGACCCCGUUUUGAGUGAUGGCAGCACACAUAGUUAUAUUACCCCCACGCUCUCCAGGGACAUUGGUAAUUGCCCUCUGUCCUAUUACAUUUAUUCCGCGGCACCUGGUUUUGGUGAGGUUGAAGCCAACCUCAUCCACAUAAAUAAAUUAAUGGCGAAUUACAUGGGCAUCUAUCUCCAAUACUCUCUGUAACAGACAAAAGGAUAUACAGAUGAGUAAAUAUGGUAUGUCUGAAGUACUGGAAGUAGUGUUGCAUACAUACCUCUACAAAGUCAUGUCGCAGAUUGUUGACUCUGUCAGACUUUCUCUCAAAUGGCACCUUGUAAAGUUGUUUCAUCAUCACUUGGUGCCAUUGGAGGAUGCGUUGUAUGGUCGACAGGCUUACAGCAUUGAUGUUGUUAAAUAUGGUGUCAUUAUUCAAGAUAUGCUCUAUCUCUCGAAUCCUAAUUGCAUUGUUGGCCAAAACCAUAUUUAUAAUUGCAGUCUCUUGUACAUCUGUAAACAAGCGUCCUCGUCCUCCAUGAUGUCUUGCCUUUCCACUCUGUACAGAAUUCAAACACAGUAUGUGUUCAGCAUAGGAACUGUAAACAAUGUACAAAAAAAGGUAGUACAGCAUGAUAACCAACCUCAUUCAAUGCAGUGCAGUAAAUGGAUGGCUUAGAGUUACAAAUGUUUAUGCAAUACUAUGCAGUCAUAGGUAUUUUACAGUACAUUACUGUAAUGCUAAAAUUGUCAUUAGAUAGUUGCAUACCUGUUCUCAUUUCUGAAGGUUCGAAUUAUGGACGCCAUUGUAAAUCGACUCAAGUUGGGCUGGACUCUUAGUCCAGCCUCUCUCAUGGUCAACCCGUGGUUGAUCACAUGAUCAACAAGUGUUGCCCUAAUCUCAUCAGAGAUGGCUCUCCUUCCUUCUCUUCUUUGCCUUUGCCCUCGUCUUCCUCUUCCUCCUCCUCUUCCAUCUCUUCGUCUUUGAAUUUGUCUUCGUUGUUGUCCCCUGCCUCUCCCUCCUACUCCACUUGCUCUCUGUCCAUUGUUGGCAUCCAUUGUUCAAAACAGGUAAUCUGACCUUUGACCUAUUUAUAGGCCUAUACUACAGUAAAGCAGUGAUUGGUUAGUGAUCAGUUAAGCAAUUAGUGUUUGCACAUGUGAGGAGUGUGUGUGUGACCUGGUGAAUAAGUGUAGCAUUUUGAUUGGUUGCAUUUUGGAAAAGGAAAGCAAGUCACUUCCUGUUAGAUUUUUGUGUUUUAGGUAGAGAAUUGUGUGUAGUGUUUUGAAAAAAGUGUUAUAUAAUUGACAACUGAGUCAAAGGCUGAGAAAUAGCUUAUGGUUUUGGAGAUUUGGUGUGUAGUUUUGCACUUUGAGUGAGAGGUUUCAAAAAUUGUGUGACAUUAAAAGAUUUUGUGUGUAAGCAAUUGGAAAAAACUGUAACACUGAUUAUAGUCUGGUUUCACAACGACACUAAAGCCAUAUGAAAACAAGCUUUGAUGGGAUGUUUUAGAGGUGUUCUCUCUCUUCUUUCUCCCUCUCUCGCUUUCCUCUGUCAGACUUAGGGGAUUUGCCUUUUUAAAUUUGUUCACAUAAAGGUGGAUCCAUGCCUGGCUUUAGUGCAGUAAUGAAUUGACUGAAAGCUGAUUGUGCAGCCAUACAAAGGUUAUGGGAAAACUCCACUAGCUGUCAGAGAGAGGGGAGGGGUCAUUUUUUAAUGGGAGAGGUCUAUCUCUGACAGUUAGCAAAUGGAUGUGUUUAAUUUAACAGAGAGUGAUUUUUGGCUUCGGUUUUGGAGAUUUUAAAACCCACAAAUUAAAAUUACAAAAUAGGAAUAGUAUGAGCUAACUCAAACUUAGUGUGAAGCACAAUAUAUGUACACAGAAAACUGUAAUUUAUACAAUAAUUUGAGGUAUUAGCAACAGUAAAAUAGUCUGAAACGUUUAACUGUGGUCCUCUGUAGCUCAGCUGGUAGAGCACGGCGCUUGUAACGCCAAGGUAGUGGGUUCGAUCCCCGGGACCACCCAUACACAAAAAAAUAAUAAUUUAUGCACGCAUAACUGUAAGUCGCUUUGGAUAAAAGCGUCUGCUAAAUGGCAUAUUAUUAUUAUUAUUAACUACAGCAUACUGUGAAUGAUGGAGCAUUGUGGGAAAAUUGCUGUUUUUCGAAUGGUACUCUAAUUCCACCCCACAGAAUACAGUAACGUACUGUAUCUUUGGAGCGCCAAAUACCUUUUGACCACUAGUGGGUGCAUGGUAUUGUUGUUUCUGGUUCAUUAACAUAUUUUGAGGUAUGCUUGGUAAGAGGCACCUGUGAGUGAGAAUGCUGUACCAAUUUAACUCCUAUGUGGUUAUAAUGCCCCUGACUACGGUAGCAUUUACUUUUUUACAGUAUAAUACAAUCCAUUUUACGGUAUUGUACGGUUUGUCAUUGCACAGUACUUGCUUUGAUACCGUAUUUAUAUUACAGUAGGUGUACUGUAAUAUGAAAUACAGCAUUGUACUCGCCAGGAGCUGCCUGUAAGAUAAUGUCAAAUUCAUGGCAACCCCUUUACAGCAUAGCUUAGGCAACUGUUUUGGUACACAGCAACAAGUAAAUGAAAAGUUGGCUAAAGCUACCAAUCCAGUUAACCCGCUUAUAUCAAAUAUGUGCGGUUUUCCCCUUUUAUGGUGACAGUAAUGCCCUUAUUUGCUGUAUACUUUGGAAGUAUUGGAAUUAGGGCAAGUUAGUUUCUAAAGGAAAUAGCAAUGGCGAACUUGAUCAAAUGUCUCUGGAGGUGUUGGUAGAAUGUUUGGAAGUUUUACAGUGACAUUUGCUGUAUCUGACAGUUUCUGAAAUAAAAUAAAAAUUGAAAUUGUUGUGGAACUGUAAACAGAUCGUUGGAAUUCAAUAAUGUUUUGCGUUAACUUUUUCCCAAACCUAAAUAUACUGCACUGCCCACAAAUGUUUAUACAUUGUCUAGUAUAUCUACUAGAAAAUGUUUUAAACUACAGUGGUAGCCUCCACACUUCAAAGCAAAAGAUCAACUGUCUGUUAAAUUCUACUGUAUAUUAUGAACUGUGCUCCCUUUCGGAUGCAUAGAGCAAAAUACUUGAAAUAAUAGUCUAUCUAAUAGGCCAAACUAAAUGAGAUGAGCAUGUUAAUUUGUUGUAGGUCAAAGCUUCUUCACGAAUAUGAACCCAUCAUGGCCAGAAAAUGUGGUGAGGAAUGUAUUCUAUUUACUACGUUAAAGUGGGUCCAAUUAAAUGAGAGAUGGGACAUUGUAGGCCUAUAGGCUACUUUGCGAGUAUGAAACCAUCACAGUCAGAAAAGGUGAGGAAUAUAUUCUGCAAUGAUCAUAGAAAUGAAAUGGGAAAUACAGUGCAUUCGGAAAGUAUUCAGACCCCUUGACUUUUUCCACAUUUUGUUACGUUACAGCCUUAUUUUGAAAUUGAUUAAAUUGUUUUUUCCCCUCAUCAAUCUACACACAAUAUCCCAUAAUGACAAAGCAAAAACAGGUUUUUAGAAAUUUUCUCAAAUGUAUUAAAAAUCAAAACUUAUACCACAUUUACAUAAGUAUUCAUACCCUUUACUCAGUACUUUGUUGAAGCAGCUUUGGCAGCGAUUACAGCCUCGAGUCUUCUUGGGUAUGACGCUACAAGCUUGGCACACUUGUAUUUGGGCAGUUUCUCCCAUUCUUCUCUGCAGAUCCUCUCAAGCUCUGUCAGGUUGAAUGGGGAGCGUCGAUGCACAGCUAUUUUCAGGUCUCUCCAGAGAUGUUCGAUCGGGUUCAAGUCUGGGCUCUGGCUGGGUCACUCAAGGACAUUCAGAGACUUGUCCCGAAGCCACUCCUGCAUUGUCUUGGCUGUGUGCUUAGGGUUGUUGUCCUGUUGGAAGGUGAACCUUCGCCCCAGUCUGACGUCCUGAGCACUCUGGAGCAGGUUUUCAUCAAGGAUCUCUCUGUACUUUGCUCCGUCCAUCUUUCCCUCGAUCCUGACUAGUCUCCCAGUCCCUGCCGCUGAAAAAUGCUGCCACCACCAUGCUUCACCGUAGGGAUGGUGCCAGGUUUCCUCCAGACGUAACACUUGGCAUUCAGGCCAAAGAGGUCAAUCUUGGUUUCAUCAGACCAGAGAAUCUUGUUUCUCAUGGUCUGAGAGUCUUCAGGUGCCUUUUGGCAAACUCCAAGCGGGCUGUCAUGUGCCUUUUACUGAGGAGUGGGUUCCGUCUGGCCACUCUGCCAUAAAGGCCUGAUUGGUGGAGUGCUGCAGAGAUGGUUGUCCUUCUGGAAGGUUCUCCCAUCUCCACAGAGGAACUCUGGAGCUCUGUCAGAGUGACCAUCAGGUUCUUGGUCACCUCCCUGACCAAUGCCCUUCUACCCCGAUUGCUCAGUUUGGCCGGGCGGCCAGCUCUAGGAAAAGUGUUGGUGGUUCCAAACUUCUUCCAUUUAAGAAUGAUGGAGGCCACUGUGUUCUUGUGGACCUUCAAUGCUGCAGAAUUGUUUUUGUACCCUUCCCCAGAUCUUUGCCUAUGGACAAUUCCUUCGACCACAGGGCUUGGUCUUUGCUCUGACAUGAACUGACAACUGUGGGGCCUUAUAUAGACAGGUUCUGUGCCUUUCCAAAUCAUGUCCAAUCAAUUGAAUUUACCACAGGUGGACUCCAAUCAAGUUGUAGAAACAUCUCAAGGAUGAUCAAUGGAAACUGGAUGCACCUGAGCAACAUUUCGAGUCUCAUAGCAAAGGGUCUGAAUACUUACGUAAAUAAGGUAUUUCUGUUUUUUAUUUGUUAUACAUUUCUUAAAACCUGUUUUCACUUUGUCAUUAUGGGCUAUUGUGUGUAGAUUGAUGAGGAAAAAUAAUAAUUUAAUCAAUUUUAUAAUAAGGCUGUAACGUAAUAUUUUAGAAUGCAAAGAUGCAACAAAAAAAAUAUAUUCGCUGUUCUCACUAACGGCAAAUGAUUGAAUCUUGUUAUUAUAUAUAUUUUUAUGAAUAAGAGUGUCAUCAUAUCCCACAUUUGCACAAAAUACUAGGCUUCUUCCCUGCUUGCAAUGCAAUACUUUAACCACUAGAAACUGUGCAUGUUCUGAAGUUUGCGGGAAGCUAAGCACAUUCUCACUUCAAGUUCAGUUUUUAUAAAUGCCAACUUUUGCUUGAAAACUGGUACACGCAUGUUUUGGGAUAUAUUUUGUACAUACACAAUGUUUAUAAAUUAGGUCCCAGGAGUGUAUAAUUAAGUACCCCACUGGGCACAGAAGUUCGUUCAAUGUCUAGUUUUGAUUUAUAUUUGGGUGAAUUUUUAACGUAAAAUCAACAAAACAAUUCCCCAUGUCAUUGGAUUUAGGUUAAAAGUUGGGUGAAAAAAUAUGAAAUGCCCUUGAAUUGAUGACUUUUUGCAAAUCCAAUUAGUUUUCCAUGUUGAUUCAACUUCAUCACAUAGACUUUUUGGGUUGAAAUUAUGUGGAAACAACAUUGAUUCAACCAGUUUUUGCCCAGUUGGACAUUUCUCCUCUUUUAACUCCCCGCUCUCUUCCCUUGCACCUCUCGAGCAGGAUGACAGGUAUUGGGUGAGGCGUAAGAAGAACAACGUGGCUGCCAAGAGGUCACGGGAUGCCCGUCGGCUCAAAGAGAACCAGAUCGCUAUACGAGCGGGUUUCCUGGAGAAAGAAAAUUCAGCCCUGAGGAUGGAGUUGGGCGACCUGAGGAGAGAGCUGGGACGCACCAAGAACAUAGUGGCCAAGUACCAGGCCACACACGGACCUCUGUAAUGGGACUGAGACAGAAUACACUCACACACAGAUGGAGACUACACACACACACACACACAAAGACACACACAAAUAUGAGGCUGAGAGGCUGAGCUUACACCUGUCUGAGACAACCACCCAAUCAAUUUUCUAUGGUUUCCAUACUGUAAAUGUAGGUUAUGUCAGUUGAGAUGUCUCCACUGACGUUACCUGUCCCACUUCGUCCACCUUUCUUUUUA